CCCAUGCAGUGCCCCGUUGACCGCUCUCUGGCGCUUUAUUGCGCUGCCGCCGCCGUUUUUCUCGGCUCAUUCUCCUCUUUGCCUUCCGUUGCCUCGCCCCUCUCGUCCGGACGCUCGUGGAAGACGGCCGUUUGAAGCUUGGCCAAACUCUUCUUCCGACAACGCCAGCUGAACGCCAGCUGAAGGACGACGACGACGACAACAACGACGUCGCUGCUGCCGCCGCCGACGACAGACGCCGACAUCUUUCUUCAGGACUCGCCCAUCCGCCAGCGCCGCCGGCUUCACCAUCCGCAUCGGGGUUCGGUGCGAUUCACCACCAGCUUCGCCCAUCACGAUGAAUGUGCUGCUCUCGCCGCAGUUGCCAGUUUUCCCUCACCAGCACGAAAGCCCGCAUCUCUCCCAGCGAAAUCUCUCUCCUCUUCACAACAUGAGCAGCCGAAAACGAAAGGCCGACGACGAUGGCGACGAAAGCAUGUCACCCAUGAGCUCGCCCGCCGUAUCCUCUCGACCUCUCAUUCGUCCGUCGAAAAAGUUUCGAUCAAAUGACUUGAUCGGACGACCGCUGCCUUUGCCACGCCUUCUGGAAACACUCAACACCGAUCAACUCCGGUCUGUUCUGGAACGCAUUUGCGAGCGACAUCCCGACAUUGGCCAGGAGGUGGUUUCCGGGGCGCCCCGGCCCAGCGUUGCCUCAGCCAUGAAUGUGCUCCAGUCAUAUCAGGACAAGCUCAACGCCGCCGCCCCGUAUGGCAACAGCAGCGCCGAAUACACCUACAACCGAGUCAAGGCUCCCUUGAUGGCCCUUAUCGACGCUCUCUCCGACUUCACCCCUCAGUUCCUUCCGCCCAUCGAAACCCAGCCGACAAAAUCCCUCGACUUCCUUGACGGUGCCACAAAGUUCAUCCACAACCUUCCCAACUGGCAACCGCAGGCUUACCGCCACCACAAGGAGAAUGCGUACGAAGACAUUUCCAAAGCGUGGGCAUUGGUCAUCAACGAGGCUGCGAAACGGGGUGGCGGAUUCAAUUUGCACACGGACGGUUGGGACCAUAAGCUGGCUAGGCACAACGAACAGUCUGGCGGACGGCUAGGCACCGCCAUUACGGCCAUGUCGAAUAGCGUCGGCUGGAUGGGUUCUGGUGAGAAUGGCGGUUCCUCAGAGCAGAGCUCGAUCCUGAACCAGAUUGUUUCUGGGUCGUUUGGAUCGCCCGUUCGGGUUGGGCCGUGGUAA